AUGCCGGUUGACUUGAACCCGCGGCUCCGUGUGCUGUUUGCGGCCACUCCCCCCGAUGGGCGGGGCCAGCCCAGCGCCCGCCCCCUGUCCCGGGAGCGGGCCGCGCCGCGGAGCCCGGCGCCAGGGAGCAGCGGCCGCGGAGCCCCGAGCCCAGGCGGGCGUCCCAACUGGGUCAGGCCCGCCCGGGUCCCAGAGGGGGCGGGGGCCGGGCCCGGACGCCCGGGUCCUCCGGGAGCGCUGGAAGUGGCCCGCGCCCUCUCUCCGCCUUCCUCCUGCCCGCCCCCGCCCGGGCGGCAGCUCCAGGUGGUCCUGCCCCCCUCCCUCUCCCGGGAUGGCCGGGAGGAGGGGGCCCCCGGAGACCCUGACGAGGGACCCUCAGAGCCCCGGAGCCCCCGGCCCAGGGUCCAGGAGGAGGUGGCCCUGAGAAGGCUGGUGGCCACAGAGAUGCUUCUCCCAUCCCGCGCGCCCCAGGGCUGGCUCUCCCUCUCUCUUCUCUGGGGGCUGCUUCGCGUGGCCCCCCAGGAGCUCCCGCCGCUGCCCCCGUUCCCGGGCCCUGAGUGGGACCUGCUGUCCCCACGGGUGGCCCUGUCCCGAGGGGCCCCCUCCGGGCCCCCGCUGCUCUUUGUCCUGGAAGCCUCCCUGGCGGCAGCCCCCGCCAACCGGAGCCGGCGGGAGGCCGGCGUGGGAGCGGGGGCCGGCCGGCGGGGCGAGCUGGCCGUGUGCGACGCCGUCAGCGGCUGGGUGACCGACCGUCGCACGGCCGUGGACCUUCGAGGCCGCGAGGUGGAGGUCCUGGGGGAGGUGCCCGCGGCAGGGGGGGGGCCCCUGCGGCAGUACUUUUUCGAGACCCGAUGCAAAGCGGCGGGGGGCCCUGAAGGCGGGGGCGGCUGCCGGGGGGUGGACCGCAGACACUGGGUGUCCGAAUGUAAAGCCAAGCAGUCCUACGUUCGGGCGCUGACCGCCGAUGGGCAGGGGCGGGUGGGCUGGAGGUGGAUCCGCAUCGACACGGCCUGUGUGUGCACCCUGCUCAGCCGGGCCACAGCGGGGGGGCGCGCCUGAUCCCGAAGCGGCCGC